AUCCACACUGAGUUUCGAUUCGGUAAACGGUUCCCAAAACCCGACACGGCCUUAACCCCUUCCUUCCUUUCUUCCUUCCCACUUGCAAGCAUCGAGCGAGAAGGCGAGGCGAGCCAGCAUAGAUCGAGCGAGCAACGGAGAGAUAGCCAUCACUAGAAUCCCAUCCAAAUCCUACCCGCACAAAAAACCCCAAACCCGCAUACUGCACACUCUCAUAUCUCUUUACCAAAAUGCCCCUCUUCUCUUCCUUGAUCUGAUCUAUUCCACUCUGCUACUUCGGGAAUGGCUUCUUCGGAAGCCGAUUCCCGUCUGAGCCUGGUCAUAAUCCCAGCCCUCGACAAGAUCAUCAAGAACGCUUCAUGGCGCAAGCACAACAAGCUAGCCCACCAAUGCAAAUCCGUCAUCGACCGUCUAUCUUCCCCUUUUACUCCUCCUUCCGAAAAUGCUUCUCCUUCCCAAAAUACCCCUCCCUCCACCCCUUCCUCUCCUUCGUCCCCAGACGAUUUCUCCAUCCCUGGCCCUCUCCAUGACGGGCCCACCCAGCUCUCUCUGGCCGACUCUGAAACCAUCCUCAGCCCUCUGAUCGCUGCCGCCGGAUCUGGUUUCCUCAAGAUCGCUGAUCCCGCCCUCGACUGCAUCCAGAAGCUCAUUGCCUACACCUACAUCCGUGGUGAGGCUGAUCCGUCUGGUGGGCCCGACUCCAAGCUACUCUCCCGCCUGAUCGAGUCUGUCUGCAAGUGCCAUGAUCUCAGCGAUGACGCCGUUGAGCUCAUGGUCCUUAAGACCCUGCUCUCAGCUGUCACCUCGAUGUCGCUGCGAAUCCACGGCGACUGUCUCCUGCAGAUCGUGCGAACGUGCUACGACAUAUACCUGGGCAGCAAGAAUGUCGUCAACCAAACGACUGCGAAGGCAUCCCUGAUCCAGAUGCUGGUGAUUGUGUUCCGGCGGAUGGAGGCUGAUUCAUCGACUGUGCCAAUCCAGCCAAUUGUCGUGGCGGAGCUGAUGGAACCUGCUGAGAAGUCGGGCACUGAUGUCAACAUGACGCAGUUCGUGCAGGGCUUCAUCACUAAGAUCAUGCAGGACAUUGAUGUGGUCUUAAAUCCAACGCCAUUGUCGAAAUCUUCGUUGGGGGGCCAUGAUGGUGCAUUUGAGUCGACAGCAGUCGAAACAACAAAUCCCGCGGAUCUGCUGGAUUCGACAGAUAAGGACAUGCUGGAUGCAAAGUAUUGGGAGAUUAGCAUGUAUAAGACAGCAUUAGAAGGGCGGAAGGGGGAAUUGGCAGACGGAGAGACAGAUAGGGAUGAUGAUUUGGAAGUUCAGAUUGGGAAUAAGCUGAGACGGGAUGCGUUCUUAGUGUUUAGAGCACUUUGUAAGCUGUCGAUGAAGACGCCACCCAAGGAGGCGUUGGCAGAUCCAUCUCUGAUGCGUGGGAAGAUCGUUGCUUUGGAGCUGCUGAAGAUUUUGCUGGAGAAUGCGGGAGCUAUCUUUAGGACGAGCGAUAGGUUUUUAGGUGCUAUUAAGCAGUAUCUAUGCCUGUCACUGUUGAAGAAUAGUGCUUCCACUCUCAUGAUCGUUUUUCAGCUAUCUUGUUCCAUUUUCAUUAGUCUGGUUUCAAGAUUCAGAGCUGGAUUGAAGGCAGAGAUUGGAGUAUUCUUUCCAAUGAUUGUACUCAGAGUUCUGGAAAAUGUUGCUCAGCCUAAUUUUCAGCAGAAGAUGAUAGUGCUUCGGUUUUUGGACAAGCUCUGUGUCGAUUCGCAGAUAUUGGUAGACAUUUUCAUCAACUAUGAUUGUGACGUUAAUUCAUCAAACAUAUUCGAGAGGAUGGUCAAUGGUUUGCUCAAGACUGCUCAAGGUGUCCCUCCUGGUACUGCCACUACCCUCCAACCACCUCAGGAGGCCACCAUGAAACUUGAAGCAAUGAAGUGCUUAGUGUCCAUUUUGAGAUCAAUGGGAGAUUGGAUGAACAAACAGUUGCGGAUCCCAGAUUCCCAUUCUCCUAAGAAAUCAGAGGCAGCCGAGAACACUCCCGAAUCUGGAAAUGGUCUUCUUGUGGAGAAUGGGAAUGCGGAGGAGACUGCUGAAGGAUCAGAUUCUCAUUCCGAUACUGCAAAUGAAGUCUCUGAAGUAGCAUCUAUUGAGCAACGCAGGGCUUACAAGCUUGAACUUCAGGAAGGUAUAUCUCUUUUCAAUCGGAAGCCUAAAAAGGGAAUUGAUUUCCUUAUUAAUGCUAAGAAGGUGGGGGAUUCACCAGAGGAGAUAUCUGCUUUCCUUAAAACAGCGUCUGGUUUGAACAAGACUUUGAUUGGUGAUUAUCUAGGAGAGAGGGAAGAUUUAUCACUGAAAGUCAUGCAUGCAUAUGUGGAUUCGUUUAAUUUUCAAGGAAUGGAAUUUGACGAGGCAAUUAGGGCCUUUCUACAAGGCUUUAGGUUGCCUGGUGAGGCACAGAAGAUUGACCGAAUCAUGGAAAAAUUUGCUGAGCGUUAUUGCAAAUGUAAUCCAAAAGUUUUUACCAGUGCAGAUACGGCUUAUGUCCUCGCGUACUCUGUGAUCUUGCUCAACACUGAUUCUCAUAACCCAAUGGUCAAGAACAAGAUGUCACCCGAUGAUUUUAUAAGGAACAAUCGUGGUAUUGAUGAUGGAAAAGAUCUACCUGAAGAGUAUUUGAGAUCAUUGUAUGAACGGAUUUCAAGGAAUGAGAUUAAAAUGAAAGAUGACGAAUUGGUGUCUCAACAUAAGCAAUCAAUGAAUUCUAACAGAAUCUUAGGCUUGGAUGGUAUUUUGAAUAUUGUGAUCCGCAAACGAGGGGAAGAAAAUUCUAUGGAGACCAGCGAUGAUCUCAUCAAGCACAUGCAAGAGCAAUUCAAGGAAAAAGCUCGAAAAACUGAGUCAGUUUAUUAUGCUGCAACGGAUGUGGUAAUUUUGAAAUUCAUGAUUGAGGUCUGUUGGGCUCCUAUGUUAGCUGCCUUCAGUGUUCCACUGGACCAGAGUGAUGAUGAAGUAAUAAUAUCACAGUGCCUUGAAGGCUUUCGUUAUGCUAUCCAUGUUACUUCUGUAAUGUCCAUGAAGACUCAUAGAGAUGCUUUUGUUACUUCACUCGCCAAGUUCACCUCCCUCCAUUCAGCUGCAGAUAUCAAGCAGAAAAAUAUCGAUGCCAUCAAGGCAAUUAUUACUAUUGCAGAUGAGGAUGGCAAUUACUUGCAAGAAGCCUGGGAGCAUAUCUUGACAUGUGUUUCACGGUUUGAACAUUUGCAUCUCCUAGGGGAAGGUGCUCCACCAGAUGCUACUUUCUUUGCCAUACAUCAGAAUGAGAUUGAGAAAUCUAAGCAAGCCAAAUCAACAAUCCUUCCUGUACUGAAAAAGAAGGGAGCUGGGCGGAUUCAGUAUGCUGCUGCAGCUGCCAGAAGGGGUUCAUAUGAUAGUGCUGGUGUCGGUGGCCACGCUUCCGGAGUGGUUACAACUGAACAGAUGACCAACUUAGUAUCCAAUUUAAACAUGUUGGAACAAGUUGGAAGCUCUGAAAUGAAUCGUAUAUUUACACGAAGUCAAAGGUUGAAUAGUGAGGCAGUAACUGAUUUUGUUAAAGCUCUUUGUAAGGUAUCUAUGGAAGAACUGCGCUCUACAUCUGAUCCACGGGUUUUCAGUCUUACAAAGAUUGUUGAGAUUGCGCACUACAACAUGAAUCGCAUUAGGCUUGUUUGGUCAAGCGUCUGGCAUGUUCUUUCUGAGUUCUUUGUCACCAUUGGUUGUUCUGAAAACCUCUCAAUUGCAAUUUUUGCAAUGGAUUCCCUGCGCCAACUAGCGAUGAAGUUCUUAGAGCGGGAAGAAUUGGGCAAUUACAAUUUUCAGAAUGAGUUUAUGAAGCCUUUUGUCAUUGUUAUGCGUAAGAGCAGUGCUGUUGAAAUCCGAGAACUAAUCAUCAGAUGUGUCUCUCAAAUGGUUUUGACUCGUGUUAAUAAUGUCAAGUCAGGAUGGAAAAGCAUGUUCAUGGUAUUCACAACUGCAGCUUAUGAUGACCACAAAAACAUUGUACUUUUGGCUUUUGAGAUCAUUGAGAAGAUUGUGCGAGACUACUUUCCAUAUAUCACUGAAACUGAAACCACCACUUUUACAGACUGUGUGAAUUGUCUGAUUGCAUUUACUAAUAGUAGGUUCAACAAAGAUAUCAGCCUCAAUGCAAUUGCUUUUCUUCGGUUCUGUGCUGCGAAGCUGGCAGAAGGAGAUCUUGGCUCGUCUGCACGGAAUAAGGACAAAGAUGCUUCUGGAAAGGUUGCUCCAUCUUCAUCCUCAACAGGAAAAGAUGGGAAACAAGAUGUUCCUCAGCUCACAGAUAAAGAUGAUCAUCUCUAUUUCUGGUUCCCAUUGUUGGUUGGAUUGUCAGAACUUAGCUUUGAUCCAAGACCUGAAAUCAGGAAAAGUGCCUUGCAAGUGCUCUUUGAUACAUUACGCAACCAUGGUCAUCUUUUCUCAUUACCUCUGUGGGAGCGAGUAUUUGACUCCAUCCUUUUCCCCAUAUUUGACUAUGUUCGGCAUGCAAUUGAUCCUUCGGGGGGAACCCUGCCUGAUCAAGGGCUUGAAAAUGAUACAAAUGAAGAUCAAGAUUCAUGGCUUUAUGAAACAUGUACACUUGCUCUCCAACUAGUUGUGGACCUCUUUGUUAAGUUCUACGAUACAGUUAAUCCUCUAUUAAAAAAAGUGCUGAUGCUGCUGAUAAGUUUCAUUAGGCGACCCCAUCAAAGCCUUGCAGGCAUUGGUAUUGCUGCAUUUGUUCGUUUAAUGAGCCAUGCUGGGGGUCUGUUUUCUGAGGACAAGUGGCUAGAUGUGGUUACGUCAUUGGAGGAAGCAGCCAAAGCCACUCAUCCUGAUUUCUCGCUUAUCAUGAAUGAAUUUGGCAGUAAUGGUGUGGCUAGGAGCUAUGGAGAUUCUUCCACCAAACCUAGUAGUCCAGAGUCUUCUGGGACAGUUGUAGUAGAUGACGACGUGGAGAACCUGAGAACACGCAACCUGUAUUUUGCAAUCACUGAUGCUAAGUGCCGUGCUGCCGUUCAGCUUCUGUUGAUUCAGGCUGUGAUGGAGAUCUAUAACAUGUAUAGACUUCAGCUCUCCGCGAAGAACACAGUGGUACUCUUCAAUGCUAUGCAUGCUGUGGCGAUCCAUGCCCACGAGAUAAACAGUGACAGUAACCUGCGUUCGAAGCUACAGGAGCUGGGGUCCAUGACCCAGAUGCAGGACCCUCCAUUGCUACGCCUCGAGAAUGAGUCCUACCAGAUAUGCCUCACACUGUUGCAGAAUCUCAUACUGGACAGACCACUUAGUUUCGACGAGGUCGAAGUGGAUACAUACCUUGUUGACCUCUGCAAAGAGGUCCUACAGGUUUAUCUCAAAACAGCAUGGUCUGGGCAGCCAGCUGAGCCCUCUGCUGGUGUUCAGCGGAAGCCUCAUUGGUUGAUUCCUCUUGGUUCUGCAAAACGGAGGGAGCUGGCGGCACGAGCACCUCUCAUUGUGGCCACCCUUCAAGCUAUUUGCGGAUUGGGAGAUUCCUCAUUUAUGAAGAACUUGGCCCAAUUCUUCCCUCUCCUCACAGGCCUGAUAAGCUGUGAGCAUGGGUCGAGUGAAGUGCAGGUGGCCCUGAGCGACAUGCUCAACACAUGGGUGGGCCCUGUGUUGCUUCAAUCCUGUUGAACGGGGGUGGAAGCAGAUUGCAUGCUUUUGAGGUGUAUGAUAAUAUUUCAUCUUUCAUAAUUCCUCUCCUUUUUUUUUUUUUUUUUAAUUCACUUUUUCUUUGUCAUAAGCAUUGUUGAGGAUGUGUAGAUUCUUAGUGUAAUGAAGAGCUAGUGGAUUGCAGGAAAUGCUUUUUGAAACAUUGUGUAGUGUAGAAAGCAUAGAUAGCUCCUCUGUCGGGUAAUGGAUUUGCUUGGAAAGGAGUUUUGGUGUUGUAUGCUUAGACGU